AUGAGAUUCUCUAACAUCACCCUUGCGACCAUCUUGGUCUCCACCGCUUUUGCCGCGCCAUUGGCCGAUGCCAAGGCCAACGCCGUCGCUGUUGCUGAACCAGAAGCGGGUUUGGUGUCCUGGGCCGAGGGCCUUGUUACCGGUGCCGUCAGUGAUGUUGAAGGGUUGUUUGUCUCGCUUACCAGUG